AUGGCACCUUUCUCCUUGUAUCAAUUGUCAAACGCGAGCCGUAGACUUUCCUUGAGCUUUUUGCGCCACCACCAAAACAAACUUGCGGUCUCCAAACGACAACCUAGCCCUAUUCGCCUCCUCUCUCUCCAACAACCAAGAUGUCUUCACACCGGUGACGAUGCCAAGCCAGACGAAGCAACAAAUAUCAACAGCGACAUUACUACUGGGGAGGGUAUAGGAGCCCACAACUCUAUUGAGGCCAGCGACGAAGCGAAACCAGACGAGCCAAUACAUAUCAACAGCGAUAUUGCUGCCGAGGAAGAUGUAGAGGCCUACAGCGCUGUCGAAACCAGCAACGAAGCAAAGCCAACUGUAGACGACUCAAUCAAAAGUAGUAACGAUGUUACUGGCGGCCAAGGCGUUGGUGAUAGUGAUGCCCCGACCCCAGAUCCAGGCCUUCUCUUAUCCUCAGACCCAAAAGAUGAGCUCAAGAUUAAAGCAAGGCCAUGGACCGAGGAAGAGUUGGCUCAGCUCGAAGAGUUCAUCAAACGGCCAUAUUACAGUAUAGACUACAUCGCAAGGCGGAUGGACCGAUAUUUUACAAGUGUCUUAGCCCAGCUCAAGCAGAUGGAAGUACAGAAGGGAAUCAAGCUAAUGAAACGACACCGGCCCAAAACUCCAUGGCAGCAUAAUAUGGAUGCUACCCCAGAGCAGAUCGCAAUUUUCGAGGCGAAGCAAGACCAAGUGCAAAAACAUAUGGAACACAUUGUCGAAACACUCAUGACCUUGCCAAAGACGGAUCGGUGGGAGGAAAUUCUCAAGCUGAAAUCUGCCUCGGAAUGGGCAUCAGCCAUCAUGAAACUAAUACCACUGCGAGUCUGGCACAUCUUGGCCGCCGACAACCCGCCGACCGAGAGGGAAUACGCGACCAUACCAAUGGUUGAUCCGCCUAGCACGAAUGGAGUGUUCGCCAAAAUCUACAAACGCAGGUUAUACAUAGGCCUCCUUGACGCACCAUUUGGCGUGCUGGCGCGCCCAGACCAACGGCACCCGGGAUUGAAAGUCCCGUUGAUUCCAGUGUCUUUAGAAAUGACUAGGCAGCUUACCUACGAGCAAAAGGUUGAGCAGAGGUAUGCACUUGGACUUGGCAGGGCGGCGCUCGCGGCAUGGCUUGGGGCAUAUAAACACGACGUAUCUCCUACUCUCCGCGAAUUGUAUGCCUGGUGGGAGAAAGAUGUGGAUUCGAGUUUGCACCCUUUUGGCUGGGUUCCUUAUAACCCACUUGAGCGGACACUACUUCCUGUGGCGACGCCAGAGGAAAGUGCUGCUAAAAAGGCCAAACUUGAGGAGGAGUUGGAACGCGAGGCAGAGGAGAGAGGAGAGACAGUGAAGGAAGUGAAGAAGAGGUUAUGGAAAGAAGCUACUAAGAAGGGAGCUUAUGAUGGUAAAGGGGGAUUCUGA